AUGUCUAACUAAAAUGAUCAACAUUCAAAUGUAGAAGAACAUAUUCUUAAAUUAUAUGAGAUUCAUGAUUUUAAAGGUAAAGGUGCAUAUGGGAUUGUUUGGAAAGCUACUGAUAAAUAAACAAAACAAUAAGUGGCAUUAAAAAAGGUUGUAACUAUAAAAUAUGAUUUUAGGUGUUUGAUGCAUUUUAAAAUUCGACUGAUGCCUAAAGAACAUUUAGAGAAGUGUGUUUUUUAUAAUAAUUAACGGAACAUGAAAAUAUAGUUAAAUUAUUAAAAGUUAUACCAGCUGAAAACUAGAAAGAUUUAUAUAUGGUUUUUGAAUAUAUGGAGACUGAUCUACAUAAAGUGAUUAGAGCAGGAUUGUUAAAACCUUUACAUAUGCAAUAUAUAAUUUAUUAGUUGUUAAAAUGCUUAAAAUUCAUACAUUCAGGAGAAUUAAUACAUAGAGAUUUAAAACCAUCAAAUUUAUUGAUAGAUUCAGAUUGCAAAGUAAAAGUUGCAGAUUUUGGAUUAGCUAGAAGUGUGGCAAAAUCAGAAAAUUUGAAUGGUAAAUUAUAAUUAUAUAAUUUUAAUAAGAAUAACCAAUAAUGACUGAGUAUGUAGCAACAAGAUGGUAUAGAGCACCUGAAAUAUUAUUAGGAUCUCAUUCUUAUUCAAAAUCUGUUGAUAUGUGGAGUGUUGGAUGUAUUUUAGGAGAAAUGAUAUUAGGAAAAGCAAUAUUUUCAGGAGCAUCUACUUUAAAUUAAAUUGAAAAGAUAAUUGAAUUAAUAGGAAGACCAAAAUAAGAGGAUUUAGAAUAAAUGAAUGCACCUUUAGCUUAACAAGUUUUAGAUGGUAUAUCAAUGUAAAAAAGAAAGAGUUUUGCUGGAUUCUUUCCUAAUGCAACUCCUGAUUUUAUAGAUUUUAUAAGACAAUGUUUAGAUUGGAAUCCAUUAAAAAGAAUGAAAAUAGAAGAAGCAUUAAAACACUAAAUAAUGAUGGAAUUUGUAAAUACUGAGGAAGAGAAAACUUUGAAAUAAAAUAUUAAAAUACCUUUUAAUGAAAAUAAAAAGUUAACUAUUAAAGAUUAUAGAGAUAAAAUUACCUUAAAUUGUGAAUAAAUUCUUUAAGAGAUUUAAUAAAAUAUAUUUGAUAAAAAUCAAACAAAAUAAUACAUUUCAACUCCUUAAAGUUUUUCAACUUAUAUGUCACAAUAUGAUUAUAAAAACAAAUAAAAUGUGUCAACUCAUUAAUUCUCUUAACCUGUUGAAAAACCUAAAAAAAUAGAAUAAUCUUUUAAAUAAGAAGGAGUAAAUGAUAAAAAUAACAUUUAAUAAUAUUAAAAAAGAUCAGAUCAUUCUCCUUAACCUAAAUAAACUAUGCCAUCUAAUCCUUAAAAUAUUACUUAUGGUUAACUUUAAUAAAAGUUUUCAUCAAAUUAAAAUCAAUAUCAAAUUAACAAUUCUAGUAUCAAAAAAACUUCAACUCAUAAUAAGCCUAAUUGUGAAUUGAGUAAAAGUCCAGAAAUAAAAAAGAAAACAGAAAGUAGUAUUACUAAUGUUACAAAAUCAUAUUCUUUUUAUGGUGAACCUUAUGAUAAAAAAGGUAACAAUUCAAGUUUUAUUAAUUAAAAUAAAAGUGAAAAUAAAUCAAAUUCAUCUGUUAAUUAUACAAAACCUGUCUAAGUUUAAUAAUCAUCUAAUUAUGCUACUACUUAAAGUUUUUCUUAAUAAAAAGAUUAGUUCAAAAAUAAAGAGCCAAUAUUGAUUAAUUAAGCUUAAAGAAGUAAAUCUUUUGAAAAAUCACCUCUUAAUUUGAAUCCAACAAGUCCUUAUCAAAGAUAAAAAACAGAGGCUUCAAAACCAAAAUUUAUUCCUUAAAGUAUAUAAAUAUAUUUAUUAUUAAGAUAAUCUCACAAACAAUAUUGCUUAAGUCUAAAAACUUUUAUAAAAAUGUUGUUAAGUUUAAAAUUACUAAUCACAUAAAAAGACAACUAGUUUUAUAGAACCAUAAAAAUUAUAAGCCUAAUAAACUAUAAAUUUUAACUAUUAUGAUGCUAGAAAUACCAAAUUUAUAUGA